AUGGAGCAGGAGCUCCUCCAGCUGCUCGCGGAUACGCAGUCGCCCGCCGCCGAUACCAGAAAGGCCGCGGAGCUGCGACUGCUGCAUCUCUACUCGAACGAAGCCUUCCCCCUGUCCCUCGCGAAUAUCGCUUCGCACGAGUCCGUUCCGGCCAAUCUUCGCCAGUCCGCCCUCUCCGUGCUCCGAAAUUUCAUCCAAGCCGCCUGGUCGCCGCAUCUCGACGAGUUUAAGGGCCAGGUCUUGAUCAACGAUGCGAACAAGGCCACCUUGCGGCGCAUCCUGCUCGAUCUGGCGACAACAUCGGAGACGGCAGAACGCAAGGUCAAAUCGUCCGCCAGUUAUGCCGUCAGCAAGAUCGCGGCGGCCGAUUUCCCAGAACAAUGGCCGGAGCUGCUGCCUGCCCUCCUCCAGAUCAUCAAUAACCCCAACAGCAGUGACAGCGCGCUGCACGGAGCGUUAAAGGUCUUGCUGGACCUGGUGGACACCGGUUUCAGCGAAGAGCAGUUCUUUAAUGUCGCCCGCGAGCUCGUGUCCACGCUGUUCGCGGUCGCCACCAACGAGUCGCGGAAGACGAUCCUGCGGGCACUGGCCGUUUCCGUGUUCCGGACAUGCUUCGACACCCUGGAGAUGGUGCUGGAGCAACACAAGGCUGCAGUCAAGCAGUUCAUGGACGAGGCCCUGAGUGGAUGGUCCCCGUUUUUCCUCUCUGUGAUGAAGGCACCUCUGCCGCAGCGACCCACCGAAGAGGAAGAGGCUCAGGACAGCGAGGUUGCUGCUCAAUGGAGAGGCGUCAUUGCGUUGAAGCUGCAAGCGGUCAAGACUGUCAUGAAGAUUCGCAUGGUGUUUCCAACCCUACUGACGGCACAAAGCCCCGCUCUGUUCACUACGCUCUGGACGGAGCUGUCCAAUAUCCAGAGUGCCUAUCAGAGUCUCUACAUUGAUGACGAGAGGCAGGGGCGCCUCGAAGACGCAGACGGCUUGCCCUAUACACUCGAUUUCCUCGUGCUUGAGGAGCUUGACCUGAUGCAGGCUCUUCUCAAAGCACCGCCGGUGAAGGCUGAGCUUCAGACCCAGCUGCAGAAUGCCGGCCAGGCCGCCACAACGUCCAGCUGGUUACCAGAAGUCAUGAAGCUGGUCGUAGCCUACGCUCAGAUCACGACAGAGGAAGAAGGCCUGUGGGAAGUUGAUGUCAACUUGUUCCUCUCUGAAGAAACUUCUGUCACGGCUAACUAUACCCCACGAACAUGUGGUGGUGAUCUUGUCAUCAAGCUGGGCGAAUGGUUGAAGGUAACGGCAGUUGAGGGACUGCUUGCCUACACCAACAACUUAUUCGCUGAUUCAUCGACUACAUGGAAAUUGCGCGAGGCUGCUCUUUUCAUUCUGAAUCAGCUGCUUCGUGAUUUCAGUGAAGUCGAGCAGCAAAUUCCUGUGAAGGUAGCCAAUGGCUUCACUGACUGCAUCCGGUUCUGUCUGCAGCAGGAGCAGGAUUUCCUGCGAGCUCGGGGUUACUUGGUGGCAGGUGUUCUUGCCCAGACGGCUGGUGAAGGUUUCCGACAGACUGCGGCGAGCUAUCUUGAAGCGACCUUGAAAGCAGUCACGGGGGAUUCAUCCGAAGUCGUCCAGGUUGCAUGCAUUCGAGUGUUGCAAGAUCUCUUACCUUCUCUACCAUCGACGACUACGCAACCCAUGCAAGUUCCCAUCAUCACCGCCAUAUCUGAAUUUGUCUCUUCACACGAUCUGAGGGAGACAACCGAAAAUGAGGACCUCAAGGUGACUCUUGCCGAGACACUGCGCGAUACCAUCAUGGUGGAGCCGAAUAUCGUCCUGUCUUCAAUCGCCCUCGACGUGCUCUUCAAUGUGGCGAGUAACGGCGCCGGCAACUUCCACCUCGGGAUGAUCGUCACCGAGUCGUUCGAAGACAUUGUGCAGUAUAUCGCUCAGCAGGGGUCUGAGUCCUACAUCCGGCUGUGUGAGAAGGUCCUUCCGUCUCUUACUGGAGCCAUUGAUGUUGGAAACUUGACUCAAGAGAGCGCUCUCGCCGUCUUGGCGGCGGAUCUCCUUCGUGCUCUGGUGGAGCAUGGCUUGGAGCCACUCCCCAAUGGAUUUGUCGCGACUGUGAUGCCCAAAUUGAACAGACUGCUUCUGGAAUCUGCCGAUCCGGAGCUGAUCCGUCCUGCCACUCUGGCAGUCAGGCACAUCCUAGCGCACGACUUCAACCAAGUCCUCGCAUGGAGAGAGCCGCAGACUGGCAAGGAUGCUAUUGAGACUGUCCUAGUGAUUAUCGAUCGUCUUCUGGGACCGUCCGUUGAUGACAGUGCCGCUUCCGAAGUCGGUCAGUUGGCUGCGGAGCUGGUCGAGAAAGCCGGAUCCGAAAAGCUGGGACCGUAUCUUCCGCAGCUCCUUCGCGCAGUUGCCCAGCGUCUCGCCACAGCGCAGCAGGCCCAGUUCAUUCAGAGUCUAAUCCUUGUCUUUGCACGCCUAACGCUUGUCAGCCCCCGAGAGGUGGUUGAUUUCUUGGCGCAAGUCGAUCUGGAUGGUCAGAGUGGCCUGAAUGUGGUGCUCAGCAAGUGGUUGGAGAAUUCCGUCAACUUUGCCGGUUAUGACGAGAUCAAACAGAAUAUCAUUGCUCUGUCUAAGCUGUAUAACCUGGACGACCCCCGCUUGGCGCAGGUGCAAGUCAAGGGAGAUCUCAUCAUCCAGGACACGGGCCGGAUCAAGACCCGAUCUCAGGCGCGCAAGAAUCCGGACCAGUACACGAUGGUCCCGGCGCCAUUGAAAAUCAUCAAAGUGCUCGUGGAGGAGCUGGCGUCGGCUUCUGGAAACAAGGAGAUUGAUGCGGCUACCGCGGCAGCCUUGGAGGAAGAAGGGAGCGAUGAUGACGAGUGGGAAGACAUCCCCAGCAACACGUUGGAUCUUAGUAUGGGUGUGACGAAACAGGAGCUCAUGUCGUAUGGAGAAGGUGGCACGGAGAGUACCUUUGGCGUUCGAAAGCGGGAUGACGAGACCCAGGCGUUCCUCCUGCAGUUUUUCCAGGAGGCAUCGACCAAACCCUCAUUCCAGGAGCACUUCGCCGCCUUGACUCCAUCUGAGCAAGAAAAACUUCGCAGCCUGGGUUGA